CACUUUUGAUAUCAGCCCUUUCAAAACCAGUGUGCGCUAUGUUAUUUGUGGGUUCUCUUUUGGGCCUAAAGCUUAGUUUUGGGCUCUCACUGUCUUCUUGGGCUGAAAGAGCAAGCAGUCUACUCAGAUUCAUGGUCAUGUUUUCUCUCUCCCCUCACACUAUCCUAUCUUGCUCCGUGAACGAGGGAAAAUGGCUGCUAAUUCUUUAGCGAGGAGUCUCGUAAUCUGCUGCAGUCAAAGAUCAUUCCUUUACCACUUCCCCAUUCUUCUUCAUUCCCGUGCCACCCAGCGCCGCCACCCUUAUCUAUGGCCGCUUUCAUUACGCUAUUCUUCGACUCAAUUUGUCCAAGAAUCGACUGAAGGGGACGCCGCAGAUGUAAGGAGUAGGCUCAACGUGGUGAACAUUCUCGAAGAGAGAGGGCUUCUGGAGUCCCUCACCAGCGAUUCUCUCAGGUCGGCCUGUUCUGAUACCAGCCUCCCUCCCCUUAGGGUGUACUGUGGAUUCGACCCUACUGCGGAGAGUCUCCAUUUGGGUAACCUCCUUGGUAUAAUAGUCCUUUCUUGGUUCCUCCGAUGUGGGCAUAAGGUUGUUGCUCUAGUAGGUGGUGCCACAGGUCGCGUAGGAGAUCCCUCUGGCAAGAGCCUUGAGCGGCCAGAGCUUGACCAUCUCGCCUUGGACAGGAAUGUUUCCGGGAUUUCGACCAUUAUUAGCGGAAUUCUUGGUCGGUGUCAUGGAGCUAAGUGUUUUUCUAUUUUGAAUAAUUACGACUGGUGGAAGGAUGUUAAGCUGUUGGAUUUUCUCAAGGAUGUUGGGAGAUUUGCGAGGAUGGGGGUAAUGAUGUCGAAAGAGAGCGUGCGGAAGAGGCUCGAAUCGGAGCAGGGAAUGAGUUACACUGAGUUCACAUACCAGUUACUGCAGGGCUACGAUUUCCUUCGACUUUUUCGAGAUGAAGGUGUUAGUGUUCAGAUUGGGGGGAGCGAUCAGUGGGGUAAUAUUACUGCAGGAACGGAUCUUAUUCGUCGAAUUCUUCAGGCAGAAGGAGCCUAUGGACUCACAUUCCCUCUUCUCCUCAAGAGUGAUGGCACCAAAUUUGGCAAAUCAGAGGAUGGUGCCAUUUGGCUCUCCCCCUCUCUCUUGUCCCCUUACCAGUUCUAUCAGUAUUUAUUCUCCGUCCCUGAUUCGGACGUUGUGAGGUUUCUUAAGAUUCUUACUUUUUUGAGCAUGGCGGAGAUUGCCCAGAUUGAAAAAGAAAUGCAGGGGCCAGGCUAUGUCCCCAACAAUGCUCAGCGCAGGCUCGCGGAGGAGGUCACUCUUUUUGUCCAUGGUGAAGAAGGUCUUGAAGAGGCGCGCAAGGCUACUGAGGCCUUAAGACCGGGGGCAGAAACCAAAUUGGAUUGGAAAAUCAUCGAGGCUAUUGCUGAGGAUGUUCCGUCCUGCUCCUUGCCUUAUGAUAAAGUCUUGAAUAUUUCUCUCUUGGACCUCACGGUCUCUACCGGUUUGCUCGAGAGUAAGUCGGCUGCACGGCGUUUGCUCAAGCAAGGGGGACUUUACUUGAAUAAUUGUAGAGUUGAUAGUGAAGCAAAGAAGAUUGAGGCUGAUGAAAUUGUUGAUGGCAAAGUAAUCCUUUUAUCGGCUGGGAAGAAGAACAAAAUGAUAGUGAGAAUAUCUUAAUUGAUUUUUUUUGUGUUUAAUUUCUCACAGUAGCAAGUCCAAGAAAACAUUUAUAGUUUUUCUUUUAAACCACGAAGUCAGUCUUCAUAUACCGUAAAUAUUCAUAUGGCUACGGUACCAUUGCUUAUAAGUUAAUCAUCACUUAUCUGCCAUAUACUUCUUAUAUCCAUUUUUUUUUUUUUUUUUUUUUUUUUUUUUUUUUUUUUUCUAUAUUGCUUGCUCUGCCAAACAUAUUGAAGUAAUAAUGCACGUUUUGUUC